AUGGCCGCGCAGGGAGAGGCGCCGCCGCCGCCGCCGGGCGCCUUCCCGCUGCUGGUGCGGGGCCCCUGGGGCUCGGCCGAGCCGCCGGGCGCGCUGCGGAACAAGCUGCUCUGCUACUUCCAGAGCCAGAAGCGCUCGGGCGGCGGCGAGUGCGAGCUGCGAGCGGGGCCGGCGCCCGGGAGCCUCCUGCUCUGCUUCGCCCGCCGCGACGUGAGGCAGCGAGUUCUUCAGAGACAGAUUCAUGAGCUGGACUUGGGAGAAAAGGGGAAGUUGAACUUGGUUGUCACAGAGGUGGAAACAGCCACCAAAGAGGAGACAUCUGAAGAAAAAUUAGUUCCUACCAAGGCUCCGGGUGCCAUGAGCAAACUUCAAAACCAGGAUCAUGGAAUCAUAGAAUCAUUAUGGGCAAAAGAGAGUUUUAUUCUGAAUACUGAGCUGCAGGAGAGGUCCUGCUCCAUGGAGAAUAUUGCAGAGUGCUCCACAAAGAUAUUGCCAUUGGUGGCCCUGGAAAAUGUGCAGCACCUCAGCACAGAAGGCUUGUGUAGGCUGCUGGAGAAUGCCAGYGGCUUCAGGGUCCAUGAAGACUUCCAUGUGGAAAUGAUACCUGAGAAAAGCACUGCUGUGCUUACCUUGUUAAAAAGUAUCGAUGCUCAAGAAUUUGUCAAAUUCUGUGCAGAAAGCAGGCAACUUCAGAAAUUUAAAAUAACUGCUAGGCUUCUUGAGCUGACGCCCAGCAUCAAGGCUGAAAACAUACCAGCUGGCAUUUCUACAGACCAUAUCACUGAGUACUUUGAGAACGUGAGCGAUGGGGCUGGGCCCGUGGUGAACGUCCAGCUUCUGCCUGAGGAGCGCUCGGCCAUCAUCAUCUUCCGCAAUCCCAAAGAUUUAAGCGCUGUCUUGGCAAAGCAGCAUUCACUUGAACAAACGCCGAUUUCUGUGUAUCCUUAUUACCAUUGCCUGGGAACAGCCCUCUAUGGAGAGAAUAGGGCAAGCGUCAAGAUGCCGGAGCCCUUUAGCUGGCCGCUGAAUCCCUAYGUCUGGCAGUUUUUACAAAGGCAGGACAAACUGAUCGAGGAUAUAAACCAGGAAAUGGCAACUUGCCACUGUGAUGUUAUAUGGCCACACACCGACUGUGCAUACCCAGAGAUUACGUUGUGUCCCUCAUCAUCCCUCUCUGAACAGAAAGAGCCGAUGAUUCGGUUGAUCAAAACGUGGAAGCAAGACACUUCUGCGCAGCUCUCGCGCAUCAUGUCUCACUACACAGCCUUAAAGUGUCAAGUAAAUCCRUCGUGUAGGGAAGACGUGAAAGCCAGGCUGGUGAACGAUGUUGCUCUGAACGUGAUGGAUGCUUCUGAGUUUACGGUGGUGAUCGCUAGCAACAGAGCAGCCAUGAGCAGGGCAGAGAAAGAAGUGAGGGAAUGCAUGGAAAAAGCCAUGGAAGAAGGGGAAAGGCAAAACAAGAUUAUAGAAACGUCUGUGUCGCUGAUACCAGGGAAGUAUACAGUUUUGCACGAUGCUGGGCUAGAAGACGAUAUUUGCAAAGAAUAUCCGCACGUAAAGAUCUUUUAUGAUUAUACAAAAGAAGCCCUCCAGUUGUGUGGGUUACCUGUGGAAGUGUAUAAAAUCAAAAUGCACUUACUGGAGAAGGUACAGAACAUGCCAUCUAAAUCAGUUAACGUCACUCCUCAGGUUUUCCAAUUUCUACGAUGUGUAGAUAAUAAAACAAUGUCAGAGAGAUUAUUCUCUUCGAAAAAAAUCAAGGCUUUUUAUGAGCUUGAGAAUGGUACUAUAGUGCUAUUUGGGUACUCUCCUAAAGAUCUUUCAGAUGCAGAAAAGCAAAUAAAGACAGAGUUGGAUUAUAAGUGCUUUGAUCUGGAGGACUCUGAAAUCAUUAAAAAGGAGGAAUGGAGGAGUCUUAUUGACUUCUCCUGUAAGAAGUACAAUUAUUCCCAGAAAACCAUAAUAAUCAAUGAACCUGUUGGAAAAGAAAACAGUGUGACCAUUACUGGCUUUUCUAAAGCUGUAGCAGAAGUUUAUCAGAACAUUUUUUAUUUAGCAGAUAGAAACACACACACGAAAAAAGAAAUCCCAGCUAAGUCAGCAGUAGUAGUGCAGUUCGUAGAGCAGGAAAAAAACAGUGUUUGCCUUGAAUUCGGGAAGAAAGGUGUGAAAGUGUGUUUUGACACCAAGGCACCUUGUAUUUCUCUGAGUGGCCCAAAACCAGAAGUGGCAAAGGCGGCCACCACAUUCGAGCAAAUUCUCUCCUUGCUGUGCUAUAAAAAUGUGCCAAUUGAUAAACCAGGAGCCAAAGAAAUUUUCAUGGAGAAGAAAGAUUUGCAUGUUCUGGAGGUAAAGCAGAAAUACAACUGUUUGAUUAUGCUGGAAGUAGAAGAACAUGAGCAAAAAGGUGGAGAAGUUGUUAAUAAAGGGGAAAGAGAGCUCUGCUAUGAGGAAACCCUGGAAGAUGGAGUUAAAAUGUUAGUGUGUAAAGGUAACUUGUCUAAUUACCCAGUGGAUGUUGUGGUAAAUGUAUUGAAUGAAGACUCAAAACAUGAUCUUGCUGGACCCCUUCUAGAAGAGGCUGGGCCGGACCUGCAAAGGGAGUACCAGCAUCUYAUGAAAACCCAUGGGCACCUGAAGCCUGGGUGUGUUGUCACGACAUCUGCGGGGAAACUGCCCUGCAAGCACGUGUUUCAUGCUGGUGGGCCCAAGUGGAGGAAAAAAGAGAGAGAAAGAUGUUUGCACCACGUAAGGAAGUUAGUGAGGAACUCUAUACAGCUGGCUGAAAYGUGCAAUCAUCACUCCAUUGCUCUCCCUUUUAUACAUGCUGGGAUUUUGAGCUUCCCGAUGGAACUGUGUGCGCGGUCAAUUGUGUCAUCCCUCAAGAAAACCUUGGAAGAAUCCAGGAGGGAUAGUAGCUUGAGAGAGGUUCAUCUUGUGGGCGAUGCAGACGAAACAGUUCGGGUUCUGAGGGAGACAGUAAAACAAAUGUUUGCUGCUAAAUCACGCUUUCAGACGUUGCUUCCCCAACCCUUUGACAGCCAUAGCUUAAAGGAAGGACAGAAAGCCAAGAGAAAAGAGAACCUGCAGAUGGUUACAACAAAUGAAGGACUGUGCAUCAAGCUAGAGAAAAGAAGCAUUCAGGAUGCCACGACGGACGUUGUUGUCAACAGCAUUGGCGUGGAUCUGCAGCUUGGCGUGGGGCCUCUUUGCAGAGCCCUGCUGCAGAAGGCUGGCCCAGAACUCCAGUUAGAGUUUGAUCAGGAAAAGCAAAAACAGGCGGCAGGUAAAGGGACCGUGUUCCGUACUAGUGGAUACAAUCUGCUCUGCAAGACCGUGCUCCACGCCGUUGUUCCCCUCUGGGAUGGAGGAAGUGGAGAGGCUCUGAAGAUCCUGAAAGACAUAAUCAGUUUUUGCCUGCAUAAGACUGAAGAACUUGCACUGAAUUCGAUCACUUUCCCAGCAAUUGGAACUGGAGGAUUUGCAUUUCCCAAAUCCACUGUUGCUAAAUUAAUGUUUGACACAGUGUUCGAGUUCAGUAGCCAUCACUCUCCUAAGACACUCCGGGAAGUUCAUUUUCUCUUGUACCCCAAGGAUGCUGGUAACAUUCAGGCAUUUACCAGUGAACUGGAACGCCGGGUAGCUGAGAAUCACAUUAGGACAACACCACAACACACUUUCAUUGGACCAGUUGUGAGCUACUCACCAGGAGUUCAUGAAAUGAAGAUUGGUUCUAUUACACUUCAACUAAUUAAUGGAGAUAUUACCAAGGAAGACACAGAUGUUAUUGUAAACAUAGCAAGUCCAGCAUUUAAGGAUAACUCAGGGCUUUUCAAAGCAGUUAUGGAUGCUGCUGGUUCCCAGGUAGAAAAAGAAUGUGCUCGGUAUGCUUGGCAGCUUCAGAGGGGUUUUAUUACCACRAAAGGUGGAAAUCUGCUGUGCAAGAAAAUCAUCCACCUGAUUCAUAGUCUGGACAUAAAGAAGCAGGUGACCCAAGUGCUUCAGGAGUGCGAGCUCCAGAUGUACACAUCCGUGGCCUUCCCRGCAAUUGGAACAGGUAAGGCAAGACAGAGUCCAACAAAGGUAGCUGAUAACAUGCUCRAUGCUAUAAUUGAGUUUGCAAGGCAAAAAGCUGUGCUGUGUUUGAAAAUAAUUAAAAUAGUCAUCUUUGAGACUAAGAUGAACAGUGAAUUUUAUGAAAGCAUGAAGAAAAGACAAGAAUUACAUGCCCAUGAUUCUGAUAGAGAUGAAUCUAAAUUAACAUCAUUGUUGUUUGGCAAAAAAAAAUCCACCGAGAAGAAACAGCCCUUGAUUUUGGAGAAGAAAGCUGAGGUAGUGACAUUCCAAAUUUGUGGCGAAAGAMAACAAAAUGUGGAUGAUGCUGCAUCCUGGAUAGUGAACUUGAUUUUAAAGGAGCAGAGUGAAAACAUUAUUUCAGAUGAGCUAAUUGAAAGUUUUGAUUGGAGGCAGAUUAAGGCUCUGGUAGAUCUUGAGAAAAGAAAACGUGUUACCAUUCAGUUUGAAAACAAUCAGUCUCCCCCGCACAUUAAAAUUUCUGGUAUUAGCCAGGAUGUCUAUUUGGUUUCUAUGGAAGUUCAAGCUAUGAUCCAAAAACUUAAGGAUACUCAAGAAAAACAAGCCAAGGCAGAGCUUGUGUAUAGCCUGGUGGAAUGGAGGUAUCAAGAAAGCAAUGACACUUUUAUAACUUUUGAUAAGCUGACAAAUAUGCAGCUGGAAGAUGCUAAAAUAACUAAAAAAACACAUCUUACUGUCAAAAUUAAGAAUAAGAAUUACAAAGUGAAUCUGAACACUCUACAAGCAAAGGAUGACCAAGGAACAACUAUAACCAUUCAACGUGUGCCGAAGAAUGAAGUGAGGCAAGCGAUAGAGCUGCCAGCAGAGUGGGAGGACAUGAAGGACAAGCAGGUCUUGGUGGUGAACCUCCCGCCGACGAGCCAAGAGUAUCAGGACGUUGAGAAGGAGUUUCAGAAAACCUGUCCCAACUUCACCAUAGAGAAGAUUGAGAGAGUACAAAAUCCUUCCCUCUGGCAGACCUAUCAAAUCAAAAAGGGCGAUCUGGAUAAGAAAAACAAAGGUUGGAUGAAUGAGAGGUUGCUUUUUCAUGGGACAGCAGCAGCCUCACUGAGUCUCAUUAAUUACAGGGGAUUUGAUCGUGGCUUUGCUGGAAAGAAUGCUGCCAUGAUUGGAAACGGAACCUACUUUGCCGUCAGGGCGAGUUAUUCUGCCCAGGAUACUUAUUCCCGGCCGGAUUCGAGCAACAGAAAACACGUGUACUUGGCUCGGGUGCUCACGGGGCAGUACUGUGCCGGGAGCGCGGGACUCGUCACYGCUCCGGCCAAAAACACGGCAGACACGGCCGACCGCUAUGACAGCGUGGUCGAUAACGUGAAUUCUCCAAAUAUAUUUGUCAUCUUCAGCGACAUCCAGGCGUACCCGGAGCACCUCAUUACCUUCAGGAAAUAGACUAUUUGUGAUAUAAAGUGCCUAAGGCUGCCUGCUCUCGAGGGGCUCACCAGCAGUUUUUUCUCAGGGAUCCAAUAACUUUUUGCUACCGUUUAGAGCCUAAAACACAGUUUGUGUUCCCCAUGGCACCCCUGCCCUGAUGUACUCCC